UGGGGAUUAUGAGAAUGGUUAAAGCGGGGACUGCGUGCAAAUAGGUUUUGUCAUUUAGGUUUAGGUGUGGUUAAACUUAUACACCCCAAUAAUAAGGACAAGGUAUCUCUCACCCCUUCUUGAAUUGGUCGGCGUUAAGACGUUGAGCUUUGGGGUUAAGAUGAGAAAAAUCAAUGUGGAAGUGUGUUUGAAAUCGGCACGGGGGCUGCGACGUUCUUCAUCGCUAUGGAAGCUCCAAUGGUUUGCGGUGGGUUGGAUUGAUCCCAACGCCAAAUACUGCACCAAAAUUGACGCCUCUGGGAGUGCAAACCCCGUUUGGAAUACGAAGUUCUCCACUUUCGUCGAAUAUAGCGGCGGCGGCGGCGGCGGCGGCGGCGGCGGCAGCUCAGACCCAGAAUCCAACUCCGAAGAUCAUGAGCUGGCGCUCCAUGUCCAAGUUUACAGCAGAGAGCCCAUUUUCCUUAGAGAGAGGCUUCAGGGAUCGGCAACCGUCAACCUCAAAGAAUUUCUGACCAAGAACAAUUUUGAGGUUUCGAAGACCCCAGCUGGCCACCGUGAAGUUGAGAGUUUUCAAUUGCGGAAACCCAGUUCCUCCAAACCUCAAGGAUUUGUUGAUAUUUCAAUUCAUAUCUCAGAGGAAAGGGAAGAAACUACUUCUUAUCCUGGUAAUGACGAAGGAUUUAAGCUCAUGGACUGUGACCAUGGCAUUACCUCGGGGAUUGAGUAUGGUGGAGCACAAACUUAUCGACAACCAUUGCCUCUUGGAGGACAUACGCCACAGACAACUCUGCCAUACAUGUAUCCAGUGCAACUUCCAGUUCCUGAUGGAGGAAACUGUUCCAUUAAUGCAUCAGCCGGCAGACCUAGCUAUCCAUCAGAUGGUGGAACCAGCAAUAUUCAUCCGCCUCAAACUCAAACUCCUCCGCCGCCACCACCACCACCACCUUCAAACAUUGGUUAUAUACCAACUUUUCUGCCCGGAACCAAUAAUUUGCCUAACAGAGACUCCUACGUGAAUAUGCCAUCAUCAUCAUCCAGAGUAGCAGGAGCCUCAGGACGACCAGGCUUUGGGAUGGGAGUGGGUGCUGGGGCACUGGCAGCUGGGGCUGUGAUCUUUGGCGAUGAUUUUAUGUCUGGAUUUCAUGCUCCAACUAGUUUACAGGAUGCUUCCUUGGCUAUAUCUGCGAAUCCUCCUUUCUAACAAAAGCAGGCACCAACAGUUACUAUAAUCACCUGUAAUGUAAUUAUAUGUUGAUGUUUCCAGCACACUUGAAAUGCAGUGUGGCAACAACUCUGGUCCUAGUUUGUUUAAAUAUAUACUCUUCUUUUCUAUGUACAAAUUUAUGUUUAUGUUUUUGCCCCCAAAAUUUAUUAUUCAAGUUUGCAUUGGUGUACAAA